AGUUUUCCGAAGACAGACGCUUGAAGCGGACGCAGAAAAAUAAUACGUAAGGCGGACACGUUGCGCAGGCGCACUCGACGAUAGAUCAGCAAAAGCAAAAACCACCAACGAAUACGAAACGGAUUUGUGUUUUUUCAGUUGUUUGCUUUUGUUUCGUGUGUGGUGUGUGUUAUGGCAUGCAAAACGCAUGGUUGUAGAAAAACUUGAAGAAACGAAAAGAAAAAGCCAAAAGACGACAAAAAGUUUGGCAAAAAAAAAAACAAAAGUGGCGCGCUCAAUUCCAAAUUUUUAUAAUUUGAAAACGAUUUCCUCAAACAUCACAGCAAUAAGCCUCAGCAACCAGCAUGAAAGGCUGGUUCGACGCAUUUCGAGACGAUGGGGGACCAACGCUGUACUCAUUCUCCAACCGAACACCAGUCACCGGUGAUGUCUCCAUUGUGGCAGUCUCUGUUUUAUUUGCCACAUUGUAUGUUGCAUUUUUGGUCAUAUUUCCGGGUGUACGAAAGCAGAAAUUCACAACAUUCUCGACAGUCACACUUUCGCUUUUUGUGGGUCUAGUCAUUCUGAUCACUCGUUUGGGAUCCGCGUGGCAUGUGGCACAUGCAACCAUCAUUGCACCGUAUAAAGCCUUCUCACGCGAGAAGCUACCAGCUCGGAUCGGCACCCACAUUGGCCUCAUGCAUGUCAAUGUAACGUUGGCAGCCGUACCCAUUGGGAACUAUACGCCACCGGAUAUCGACUACAACGAGCGCUUCAUGUGGGAGGGUGCCACCGAUAUGAGCGCCAACUAUCGACAUGCGCUGCAGCGUGGUCUGCCCUUUCCUAUACUCACGGUGGCCGAGUACUUUAGCCUCGGCCGCGAGGGCUUCUCCUGGGGCGGACAGUACAGGGCUGCUGGAUAUUUUGCAAGCAUAAUGCUCUGGUCAUCGCUGGCCUCGUGGCUGCUGAUGAACCUUUUGCUGAUUGCCGUGCCACGGUAUGGAGCAUAUAUGAAGGCUCUCACGGGUGCCCUGCUCGUCUGCACCACCGUGGGAUAUCAUUGUCUGUUGCCCAAGCGGCCGUUGUGCAUUUAUUUGGAGGGCGGACGAUUGGAGUUUCACUUUGGAUGGUGCUACUGGUUGGUUCUGGUAGCGGGUAUCCUCUGCUUUAUAGCGGGAGUUCUGAUCUCCAUCAUUGAUCUGGUGUGGCCGCAUACCUUCUCCACGGUGCUGGAGGUGUACUAUGGAACGCCCUAUGACCGCCAUGUGAUCCUGGAGGAGUCCAGCGAUGUGCGCUACCGCAAGCCCCGCAACAGUCGCAGCCUGGAGGAUCCCCCUGGUCUAGGCUCUCGCAUACUGCGACGCUUAAGUUCGAAGGCACGUGACAUGCAGCACGGUACGGCGCCGCGACGUGACAGUCCCGCUGGCGUCUCCAACAGCGCUGGCGGUGGUGAUGGUGGUGGAGGCGGCGUCGAGAACGAGGGCUUCCAGUCGGAUGCUCCCAAGAGUCCGUGGCGCUAUCCCUUCAGGCGUUCCCAGCAGAUGCCACCGCCGCACCAGCAUCCGCUGCAGCAACAGCAGAAUCCCCAUCAGUCGCACCAUCCGCACCAGCACCACCAUCAGCAGCAGCUCCAGUUUGUGGGCGGGCCCGUGGUGAAACAUCCUAUGCAUCAUAUGCAACGCACCAUGUCCCAGGACUCCGGUUCGAGUAUGGGAUCGGCAGCAGUGCAAAUAUCACCGCUGCAUAAGCAUGCUCUGGCCCGAAUGUUGCCUAAUCCUCCCGUAGAACGUAUACGUGACAUGGAUCACUGGUGAUGCCAUUGGACAAACCAAUUCAACAAUCAAUUCUUGACUAUAGAUCGCUAAAAGAAAACGUAGAUUAAAGCUAAAACAAUUGAUGAACAAAAAUGCUAC